GUGCCUUGCUCAAGGCGCCGGUCCCUCAGUCCUCGACCAGGGGCCCGGACCUCGCGUACACCACGCGGCACGAGCGGCCACCCAGUGUUCACGUCCACGGUGCAAGUCACCGCGGCGCUGCGAAGCGCACGGGCCGAAAGAACAAGAGAUUCGGGUGGCGCUCGCAGUCUGCCUUGGCCACCGCCGCAACGACCACGGUUGCGGCGGACGACGCGGACUCGACGUCGGACAGCGUGCCGCCGGCCACCCGGCAGCCGCUUGUCAUGGAGACGACGCCCAGCGCUGCCGAAGUCACGACGGCGACCACGUCCACGCCCGCUUCGCUGCCGCCGGCACUGACCGUGACCGGCGGCGACAUCGCACAAAACGGAACGUUCAACUCAUCGGCGAACCUCGACGAGUACGAGGAAGUGGUCGAGUACUACUACGUGUACGACGAGAACGAGACGUCGAUGUCGAGCAAGCAGCGGCCGACACAAUACGCCAAGCUUGCUAUUCCAAUAAACCGGUGAU